ACUCAAGCUCACAGUGUGAAGACGCUUCCCUGAGGAAGGACUGCAAUCAACUCUCUCCACAAUCAACUCAAACAAGUGGACUUUUACAAACUUUGGAUAAAGACUUGUUUGGCGUCAGCUGGAUUGAAUUUAAGGAGAUAAAAAAAGCUCUGUUUUGUCUGUUCCAUUAACAAGGAUCUUCCCACCUGGAUAUUACAGGAAUUUGAAUAUUGUGGCAGUCACUUUUGGGAAUAACAGUUAAGACGAAGACGAAGAAAACAUUGGGGAUUUAAGCAAAAGGAUUACUCUUUCCUCACAUUUUAAUAAAUUUAUUUUUGAGUGGAUAUUUUUUUUAUUUCACUUUGUUAUGGGUUUUAGUCUAUGAUUGCUUGAGAGCUGCGAGAGCAGAGUGGGGUUUGAGGAGGAGCAGUGCCAACCUGGAACAUGGUGCCUAACAUUUGCACAUCCGUGCCCCUCCUGCCCGUUGGGCUUCCUCUUCUGCUACUGCUGAGCUGCGUACAAUUCUCCUCUCAGGCAGAUAGCUUGCCAAAUUUCGUCAGAUCUCCAGAGGACCAGACGGGGAUUUCAGGAGGAGUGGCGUCUUUUGUGUGCCAAGCAGCGGGUGAACCCAAGCCUCGCAUCACAUGGAUGAAGAAAGGAAAGAAAGUCAGCUCGCAGCGCUUUGAGGUGAUUGAGUUUGAUGACGGUUCGGGCUCAGUUCUGCGCAUUCAGCCGCUCCGAACUCACAGAGACGAGGCCAUCUAUGAGUGCACAGCCACCAACAGCCUGGGGGAAAUCAACACCAGCGCUAAACUCACCGUGCUGGAAGAAAACCAGAUUCCGCAUGGCUUCCCCACCAUAGACAUGGGUCCUCAGCUGAAAGUGGUGGAGCGAACAAGAACAACCACAAUGCUCUGUGCUGCCAGUGGAAACCCUGACCCGGAGAUCACUUGGUUUAAAGACUUCCUGCCUGUAGACAUCAACGGCAAUGGGCGAAUCAAACAGCUUCGUUCAGGAGCUCUGCAGAUUGAAAACAGCGAGGAAUCAGACCAGGGCAAGUACGAAUGUGUGGCUACGAACAGUGCCGGGACGCGUUAUUCAGCUCCGGCUAAUCUCUACGUGAGAGUACGACGAGUACCACCCCGUUUCUCCAUCCCACCUACCAAUCACGAGGUGAUGCCAGGGGGCAGUGUUAACCUCACCUGCGUGGCAGUAGGUGCCCCGAUGCCCUACGUCAAAUGGAUGACUGGUGAGGUGGAGCUCACCAAGGAUGAGGAGAUGCCUGUGGGACGCAAUGUCUUGGAGCUCACCAACAUCCGCCAGUCAACCAACUACACCUGCGUGGCUAUAUCAUCCCUGGGAAUGAUCGAGGCAACGGCACAAGUGUCUGUCAAAGCUCUCCCAAAGCCUCCUACAUCCCUGACUGUUACGGAAACCACAGCUACGAGUGUUACACUCACAUGGGACUCUGGAAACCCUGAACCUGUGUCUUACUACAUUAUUCAAUACCGGGCCAAGACUUCAGACACCAACUUUCAGGAAGUGGACGGUGUGGCCACCACACGUUACAGCAUCGGCGGUCUCAGCCCAUAUUCAGAGUAUGAGUUUCGUGUAAUGGCGGUCAACAACAUUGGUCGUGGGCCCCCUAGUGAACCCGUUGAAACACGAACAGGUGAACAGGCACCUUCCUCCCCACCGCUGCAUGUUCAAGCACGAAUGCUGAGUGCCAGCACUAUGUUGGUGCAAUGGGAACCACCAGAGGAACCUAAUGGUCAGAUCAGAGGUUAUCGGAUUUACUACACAUCUGACCUGGAUGCACCUCUCAGCGCCUGGCAGAAACACAACACCGACGAUAGCCGUCUCACCACUAUCUCCAGCUUGACCACCGGCAUCACCUACAGCCUACGGGUGCUGGGCUUCACAUCUGUAGGGGAUGGACCACCAUCCGAUGUGUUACAGGUCAAGACACAGCAGGGAGUUCCUGCUCAGCCAUCCAGCUUCGAAGCUGAAGCAGAGCUGGAUACGCGGAUCCUACUAACUUGGCUGUGGCCCGUGCAGGACCCCAUCAUCAAAUACGAGCUGGAAUAUUGGGAGGCUGACUCAGACAACAAGAUCCAUGUCACCUUUGACCCAGCUGGCUCAUACGCUGUUGAAGGUCUGAAGCCGGACACUUUGUAUAAAUUCUCUCUGGCAGCCCGCUCUGAAAUGGGGCAAGGAGUCUUCACUCACCCCAUUGAAGCCAGGACAGCCCAGUCUGCCCCCUCUGCCCCCCCUCAAGACGUGCACCUGUUCAGUCUGAGCUCCACCAGCAUCAAGGUGAGUUGGGUGGCACCACCUGCUGCUAGCCGCCACGGCGCAAUAGUGCGCUACACAGUCAGCUACCAGGCAGUAAAUGGAGAAGACACGGAGCGCCAUGAGGUGCCGGACAUUGGAGCGGAUGCCUCCAGCUGUGUGUUGGAGGGCCUGGAAAAGUGGACGGAGUAUCAGGUGUGGGUGAGAGCGCACACUGAUGUGGGCCCUGGCCCCGAGAGCAUGGCUGUGCGUAUCCGAACCAAUGAAGACGUGCCAGGAGCACCGCCUCGGAAAUUGGAAGUGGAAGCUUUGAACUCCACCGCUAUCCGUGUGACAUGGAAACCUCCUCUUUCUGGGAAGCAGCACGGCCAGAUCCGGGGAUAUCAGGUCAUAUACUCCCGGCUGGAGAACGGGGAACCACGGGGACAUCCGAAUAUAAUGGAUGUCGCUCUGCCAGAAGCACAGUGGAAAAUUGAAGAGUCCACGGAAUAUGAGGCUGUGAUCGCUGGACUUGCCUCUGAAACCUCUUACUCUGUGACUGUGGCUGCGUACACAACUAAAGGCGAUGGAGCUCGCAGCAAAGCCAAAGUCGUCACCACCACUGGAGCAGUGCCUGGCAAACCCACUAUGAUAAUCAGCACCACCGUCGGCAACACAGCCCUCAUCCAGUGGCAGCCUCCUAAAGACAUGGUGGGCGAGCUGAUGGGCUACCGGCUGCGCUACAAGCGUCUGGAAGAGGAAAACUACGAGAUGCGUGAAUUCAGUCGCACCGACGACCACCACACCGUCACUGAUCUGCACAAGGGUGCCACCUACAGCUUCCACCUGAGCGCCAGAAACCGCGCCGGACUCGGAGAGGAGUACGUUAAAGACAUCGGCACUCCUGAGGACGUGCCCAGCGGGUUUCCUCUCAAUCUGCGGGUCGUAGGUUUGACCACCUCCACCACCCGAUUGGCCUGGGAGCCUCCAGCGUUGUCUGAACGUAACGGACGGAUCAUACAUUAUAUAGUGGUUUACCGCGACAUCAACAGCAAACAAAAUAGCACCAACCGAACCUCUGACACCCAGAUGACCAUCCAAGGGCUCCGACCGGACACCACCUAUGAUAUCCGCGUGCAGGCAUUCACUAGCAAGGGUGGAGGUCCCAUAAGUCCCAGUAUCCAGAGCAGGACAAUGUCUACAUCACCUGCAUUUGCCACAAGUUUUGGUGUCAAAGCUGUGAUGAAAACCUCUGUCCUUCUCACCUGGGAGGUGCCAGAAAAUUAUAAAUCACAAGUGCCUUUUAAGAUCCUCUAUAACCAGCAGAGUGUGGAAGUUCAGGGGGAUCUGAAGAGGAAGCUGAUCACACGUCUGCAGCCGGACACUGAUUACUCGUUUGUGCUGAUGAGCCGGGGAAACAGCGCCGGUGGCCUACAGCAGCAGGUCUCUAUCCGCACCGCACCAGACCUGUUCAAAAGCAAACCUGUCCUGUACACAGCAGACCAGACCAACAAUGGCAAACUCACCAUCAACCUGCCCAAAGUGCCCACUUCUGCUCCUGUCAGGUGUUAUUACAUUGUGGUCGUGCCCGUCUCUCAGACAUCAUCUCGUCAGUGGAUUAAUCCUGAUGAGAUGGAGCUGGAUGAGCUCCUAGAGUCUAGUGAGGGAGCUCAUCUCAGGAGACGUCGAAGACACACAGACACCGUAAGGCCGUACAUCGCCGCAAAGCUGGACACGCUCCGGGAAACCUUCACUCUGGGCGACGAGCAGGACUACAACGGCUUCAUCAACCGGCCUCUUCCCAACAACCAACACUUCCAGUGUUUUGUGAUGGCCGAACUCAAGGACCAAUACCCUGUUACUGCCAAUGAGAAGCAGCGGACCUUCUCAGCUAGCCCAUACUCUGACCCCAUCAUAGUGCAGGGUGAAAACCAAAUGAAGCACAGUAUGGACCAGCCGGAGAUGCUGUGGGUCAUGGGCCCUGUGCUCGCCGUGGUGCUCAUCAUCAUCAUAGUCAUCGCCAUCCUGCUCUUCAAAAGGAAAAGGGCUUCCCCCCUACCAAAAGACGAUCACUCGGGUGGUGUGAAGGAUUGUCUUCUGGCCAGCUCGUCUGAUCCUGUCGAAAUGAGGAGACUCAACUACCAGACACCAGGAAUGAGGGAACAUCCUCCCAUAUCCGUCUCCGAACUGGCAGACCACAUCGAGCGCCUCAAGGCCAACGAUGCCCUCCGGUUUUCCCAAGAGUACGAGUCCAUUGAUCCAGGCCAGCAGUUCACAUGGGAGAACUCCAACUUGGAGGUCAACAAGCCAAAGAACCGUUAUGCCAACGUUAUUGCUUACGACCACUCGAGAGUUGUUCUCACCCCUGUGGACGGUGUUCCAGGUAGUGACUACAUUAAUUCCAACUACAUUGAUGGCUACCGUAAGCAGAAUGCCUACAUUGCCACACAAGGUCCUCUGCCUGAAACGCUGAGCGACUUCUGGAGGAUGAUUUGGGAGCAACGAGCCAGUACCAUCGUCAUGAUGACCAGACUGGAAGAGAAGUCCAGAGUUAAAUGUGACCAAUACUGGCCCAUUCGUGGCACAGAGACUUAUGGAAUGAUUCAAGUGACCAUGCUUGAUGCUGUUGAGCUGGCAACCUACAGUGUGCGCACCUUUGCCCUUUACAAGAAUGGCUCUAGUGAGAAGCGCGAGGUCAGGCAGUUUCAGUUCAUGGCUUGGCCAGACCACGGAGUGCCUGAAUAUCCCACCCCCAUCCUAGCCUUUCUGCGCAGGGUCAAAGCCUGCAACCCUCCUGAUGCUGGACCCAUGGUAGUGCACUGCAGUGCUGGAGUUGGCCGUACAGGCUGCUUCAUAGUCAUCGAUGCCAUGUUGGAGCGCAUGAAGCACGAGAAGUCUGUAGACAUUUAUGGCCACGUCACAUGUAUGAGAUCUCAGAGGAACUAUAUGGUGCAGACGGAGGACCAGUACAUCUUUAUCCACGAGGCCCUUCUGGAGGCCGCCACCUGUGGAAACACAGAGGUCCCUGCCCGAAACCUCUACGCCCACAUCCAGAAGCUCACACAGCCAUCGACUGGAGAGACCGUCACAGCCAUGGAGCUGGAGUUUAAGAGACUCGCCAACUCAAAAGCCCACACCUCAAGAUUCAUCAGCGCCAACCUGCCCUGCAACAAGUUCAAGAACCGGCUGGUCAAUAUCAUGCCUUUCGAGUCCACACGGGUGUGCCUGCAGCCAAUCCGAGGAGUGGAGGGUUCCGACUACAUCAAUGCCAGCUGCAUUGAUGGAUACAGACAGCAGAAGGCCUAUAUUGCCACUCAGGGUCCUCUAGCGGAGACCACCGAGGACUUCUGGAGGAUGUUAUGGGAGCACAAUUCCACUAUUGUAGUGAUGCUGACCAAACUCAGAGAGAUGGGACGGGAGAAGUGUCAUCAGUACUGGCCCGCCGAGCGCUCAGCCCGCUAUCAGUACUUUGUAGUGGAUCCCAUGGCCGAAUACAACAUGCCUCAGUACAUCCUGCGAGAGUUCAAAGUCACAGAUGCCAGGGACGGUCAAUCCAGAACCAUUCGCCAGUUCCAGUUCACUGAUUGGCCAGAGCAGGGAGUGCCAAAAACCGGUGAGGGGUUCAUCGAUUUCAUUGGCCAAGUUCAUAAAACCAAGGAGCAGUUUGGGCAGGAUGGACCAAUCACUGUGCACUGCAGUGCUGGAGUGGGAAGAACAGGUGUUUUCAUCACUCUCAGUAUUGUCCUGGAGAGGAUGAGAUAUGAGGGUGUGGUGGAUCUGUUCCAGACGGUUAAAACCCUGCGCACACAAAGGCCUGCCAUGGUGCAGACAGAGGACCAGUACCAGCUGUGCUACAGAGCCGCUCUGGAGUACCUGGGGAGUUUUGAUCACUAUGCAACGUAACCACUCCUGGACUGCAGCCCUCUGGUACAACUCUUCAGGAGUGCACCAAGUGUUCCUUCUGAGCCCCUGUCCCCCUGCCCCAUCCUGUACAGAGAUCUGGGGCUGGGGGCGGGAAGGGCAGGCUAUCCAGUGGCUGGUUAACCAAUCACAGCAGUCCGUUAUUGACCGGCACCAAGAGAUUGCUUUAAGAAACAUAGACAACUCUCUUUCAAGAAGCACCAUCUACAAAAAACAAAAAAAAAAUCAAAUAAACGAUAUUCUAGUGGUUUCUCUUUAGCGUACGCCAACCCAGACUACAGUCCAAGGCUACUGGUAGCACUAAAUCUUCUUUUCCUUCUCGUUUGGCUAUCAUGAUUAUCAUCCUUUGUUAUUAUUAUUUUUUUUUAAUUCAGUAUGAUGAUAUUGUUAUUCUUAUUUAGAAUAUUUUCAUUUUUUUAAAUCCUCUUUUAACAUCGUUUGUCUUAACGGCCUUUACUGUGGGGUCUAUCUUUUUAUUUCUUUUUCCUUACUGUUUUGUAUUUUCUUUCUAAUAGGUUAUUUUAGCACAAGAACAUGUGUUUUGAACAUGUUCCUGAUACUAAUACCAGAGAACUGGUGUUCUCUGAGCUGCUGAUGGUUUGACUUUGUAACACGAUUUUACUGUUUGUUAUUUUCCUCGUUAUGUAUAAUUGGGCUGAAAUGAGCGGGUUCAACUUGUUGGAGAAGCCUUUAAUAACGUCUCUUGUCUCUGAGAAUCUCUCCAACCACAAGACGUAUAUAUAUAUGUUUGGGUUAGUGGUACUAAAUUAAGAAAAUAAACAACUUUUUGGUUAGGGGGAAAGCAAAUCAACUAACGCAUCAAAUCAGCACUGUACAGAACUCAGUAGUGAUUUGUGAAGAUUAAAUAUGGGGGGCGAUCCUGGCGGAAAAAAAACAGCUCUCGCACCCGCUUUUCUAGGACAUUUGAAGACCUGAUAUUGAAAUGAGACCAAUCGCCAUUGGCACCUGUACAGUAUAAACCACUCCUUGAAGGAGAGUCAGCUCUGUUUAAUCCAACUCUUCUUUUUAUACAGAAAUAUACGAUAUAUAUAUAUACAUUAAAAAAUGUAUAAUGAUGAAUAAAUACUAUUAUAGAUACAGUAUAUAAACAGCUUCUGCUCUAUUGUCCAUAAAUCUCUCGAAACGUAACCCUGGACUUUUUCUUGAUAUACCAACAUAGAGUUAAACAUGAGAGACUGCUGUGUGUGAAUCUAUCCAUGGUACAAAAGUUCUAUCUACUGUAUUAUCCACGCACACCCCGGGUGUCUGGCGCUCUCUUCUGGUGGGUGGGGGUGGAGCAGCACAAGUCGAGUUUUAAAACACUUCCUACAGGACGUCAUUUUCAUGCCUGCUCGAUUACAACCGGCAUGUCAAAGGGAGAUCUGGCCAUAUGUUCCGAAUAUGUUGGCAGUUCAUUUCUACCUUGUGAAUGAUUAGUGCUGUAGAGGUUCGAUCUGUUGUAUACACAGUCUGUUUUCUAUUUGUUAAUAAGAAAACUGGAAUUUAAAAAAAUGUUGCAGGAAAAAAAACUCGAUGUUAAUAAAGUUCAAUAAUUGGUUUUUGUACAAA